UCUAUCAGCCCUUAUCCAUAACCGCAACGACCGAGGGCGCUAUCGCUUUAACUGAAGGGAGGCACUAUUCGAUGAGGGAACUGGUUUUGACAUAACACCUGUUCCGGUAUCUGUAAUUUUGUUGCAGUAUUUAUGUAUGCACCGUCAUACAUAAAUACUGGAGAUAUGUUUGCGUGCUUGUAAAUGGACGGUGUGCCUUGCCUUCGCGUGUCGCAGUGUCAUGCACAGCAGUUCAGGAGAUGUCUACAGUCCAAAGGGGCUCUUGAUCUGAGUUUAUCUUUACUGAAAGACUCUGAUGAGACAGUCCUCUUGCCCAUUUCCGCAUCCUGUCUGCCACAACUUGAUCUGCUCUCUCUCAGAGCCACAGUGGUUUCAGAUGGUGCUUGUGAAGUAGUUUGGAGUCAGUCCCACCUGCAGUCAAAGACAAAGAGAGGAAGAACAAGUGGCAAUAAACUAGAGAAAAUCCUCCAGGAGGUGUUGGAAUCUCACGGUGAAGGAUGGACAGAGGAGCUGAGGGGUGACCUCCCUCGCAGCUUCCAGAGGCAUGGAGACCUCCUCCUGCUGGGGGACAAUUGCUUCUCUCUGCCACUCUGGAAGAAGAUGGAUCAACAGAUAUGGAGUGCGGUGGCCAGAGGCCUGGGGGCAAAGCGGCUGGCAAAGAUGAGUCGAAUAUCCACAGAUGGUUUUCGGUCUCCUGUGGUGACGAUGCUGUUCGGAGAGCACAGCUGGGUCAAACAUGUGGACAAUAGGAUUAGUUAUGAGUUUGAUGUCACCCGAUGCAUGUUCUCAGCUGGAAACAUAACGGAGAAGCUCCGGGUGGCUGGAUUUGACUGCAGAGGGGAGACUGUGGUGGAUCUGUAUGCAGGUGGGAUAACUGACAAUGUGUGACAAGGUUUUGAUAUUGAUGAAUAAUUCUCUUUCAACUUAAUCAUCAACAAAGGAGAAAUGAUAAAAAUGCACAAUCCUAGAUGUUUCAUUGGAUUUCUCUGGUGGAUUUCGUCUUUAGUCCAGGUUCCAGGUGUAUUUCCUGCCCCAUCAUGUUACGUUGCUUGUGUCCAACCCUUUUGCUUGUGUCCAACCCUUGUACUCUUCAGUGGUAAUUAAACAUAAUUUGAAUUAUUAAGUAUCACAGCUGUAUCUUGUGUUAGGUAUUGGAUAUUUCACUCUGCCAUAUCUGGUCCACGCGGGGGCCAGUCGUGUUCACGCCUGUGAGUGGAACCCUGACGCAGUUCAAGCUUUAC